AUGAGCUUGGAGAUGAGACCGGUGCCCUUAGCCGAGAGGCUUCUGGUUCUUCCAGCAGCCCUGGCACAGGAGAAGAGCUCGGGGGACCAUACAACGGUCAGCGGACCUCACUUCUUUCAGAUCGUCUCUUUCAAAUGGCAUCAUGUGCAGGAGCCCUACAUCAUUGCGCUCUGGAUACUUGUGGCCAGUCUGGCCAAAAUCGUUUUCCACUUGUCCCACAAAGUCACCCGCGUGGUUCCAGAGAGCGCUCUGCUGAUUGUCCUUGGCCUCUUUCUGGGCGGUAUCGUGUGGGCUGCAGACCACAUUGCCUCCUUCACCCUUACACCAAAUGUAUUUUUCUUCUACCUGUUGCCACCCAUUGUCUUAGAUGCUGGAUACUUCAUGCCAAACAAAUUGUUUUUUGGAAAUCUUGGUACCAUCCUUCUGUAUGCUGUAAUCGGGACUGUAUGGAAUGCUGCCACAACAGGCAUGUCUCUCUAUGGUGUUUACCUGAGUGGAAUAAUGGGCCAGCUCGACAUUGGGCUGCUGGACUUCCUUCUGUUUGGCAGCCUGAUAGCUGCAGUGGACCCUGUGGCUGUACUGGCUGUGUUUGAAGAAGUUCAUGUCAAUGAAGUUCUGUUUAUUAUCGUUUUUGGAGAAUCUCUGCUGAACGAUGCUGUAACUGUGGUGCUGUACAAUGUGUUCGACUCUUUCGUUGCAAUGGGAGCUGAUAACGUGACUGGGGUGGACUGCGUAAAAGGCAUUGUGUCUUUCUUUGUGGUGAGCCUGGGUGGAACAUUUGUUGGCAUUGUCUUUGCGUUCCUGCUCUCGCUGGUCACUCGCUUCACCAAGCAUGUCAGAAUCAUUGAACCUGGAUUUGUGUUUGUGAUCUCAUACCUGUCCUACCUCACAGCAGAAAUGCUUUCUCUUUCUGCCAUCCUUGCGAUAACUUUCUGUGGUGUCUGCUGUCAAAAAUAUGUCAAGGCUAAUAUUUGUGAUCAGUCUUCUACCACCGUGAGGUAUACCAUGAAAAUGUUGGCAAGUGGAUCUGAGACUAUUAUAUUCAUGUUCCUGGGAAUUUCAGCUGUAAAUCCAGACAUCUGGACAUGGAACACAGCUUUUAUACUAUUGACUUUGGUCUUCAUCUCAGUGUACAGAGUCAUUGGUGUAGUGAUACAGACAUGGGUUCUAAACCACUACAGAGUGGUCCAGCUGGAAAUAAUAGACCAAGUGGUAAUGUCAUAUGGUGGACUACGGGGAGCUGUUGCUUUUGCUCUAGUUGCACUUCUGGAUGAGAAAAAAGUGAAAGAGAAAAACCUAUUUGUCAGCACAACUAUUAUCGUUGUGUUCUUUACCGUUAUAUUCCAGGGUUUGACAAUCAAGCCUUUGGUACAGUGGCUAAAAGUGAAGAGAAGUGAGCACAGAGAGCCCAAACUGAAUGAGAAACUCCAUGGCAGAGCUUUUGAUCACAUUCUUUCUGCUGUUGAAGACAUAUCUGGACAAAUAGGACAUAAUUAUCUGCGAGACAAGUGGUCCAAUUUUGAUCGGAAAAUCCUCAGUAAAGUACUGAUGAGAAGGUCUGCUCAAAAAUCAAGAGACCAGAUUCUUAAUAUUUUCCAUGAGCUCAACCUGAAGGAUGCUAUUAGCUAUGUGGCUGAGGGAGAGCGUAGAGGUUCCCUGGCUUUUAUUCGUUCUUCAAGUACUGACAACAUGGUCAAUGUGGACUUCAGCACUCCUCGACCAAGUACUGUAGAGGCCUCUGUCUCCUGUUUACUGAGAGAAAAAGCCAGCUCCGUUUGUCUUGAUAUGCAAGCCUUAGAGCAGAGGAGAAAAAGCAUACGAGAUACAGAGGAUACAGUCACUCACCACACACUGCAGCAGUACCUCUACAAACCCAGACAAGAGCACAUACAUCUGUACAGUCGGCACGAGAUCAUUCAGAAUGAAGACGAAAAACAAGACAAGGAGAUUUUCCACCGGACAAUGAGGAAGCGCUUAGAGUCUUUCAAGAGUACCAAACUAGGAAUAAACCAGCCCAAAAAGCUCAACAAAAACCACAAGAGAGACCGGGGCCAAAAAAGGAGAAAUAGUAAUGCCAUACCAAAUGGAAAAAUACCUUCGGAAAAUCCAGUGCAAGAUUUUACUUUGAAGGAAAAAGAUGUGGAAUUUUCUGAUCCAGAAGAAAAUUAUGAAUCUCUGCAUAUGGACAAAGGAGUUGACUUUUUAGCGAAUGUCACCAAGCAGAAUUGCAUAGAUGCUACCUCUGGAAUUGAUAACCCAGCAUUUUCAGCUGAUGAUGAUCAAAGUAUCUACAUGAAGUUCCCGCCAUGGUUAUCUAAUGAAGAUUCUGUAGUACCAUCACAAAGGGCCCGAGUACAGUUACCGUAUUCUCCAGACAACUUCAGACGGCUCACCCCGUUUCGCCUCAGCAAUAAGUCUGUAGAUUCCUUUUUGCUAGCAGAUGGGCCAGAGGAGCGACCCAGAGCUUUCCUCCCAGAAACAACACAUAUGUAA